AAACCUAACCACAAUUCGAUUUUCAUUGUGUUAUUGUUCAAGAGACUUUAGUGUUGUGUAUGGCUUAAAGUUUGAAUAAUCAUCAAACAUGACCGAAAUAGAGCCACAGCAUGCUUUAAAUCUUGAUAUAAGUCAGCAACAAGCGUUUGUGCGAUAUUUUAAUUCUUUGCCUGAGAAACCUCCGUCGACGAUACGCUUCUUCAACCGCACCGAUUAUUACACCCUUCAUGGCGAAGAUGCGUCUUUUGCGUCCGAAUUCACUGGAUCCAUCGUCAAAACAAUGGGAACGGUGCCCAAACUGGACUACACUUGUCUGAAUAAAAUCAAAUUCGACAUGUUCGUUCGGGAACUGCUCCUAAUCAAACAGUACAGGGUGGAAGUCUACGUGAAGAAUAACCAGACCAGAAACAACGAGUGGUCUCUGGAAUACAAAGGUUCCCCCGGAAAUCUGUCGCAGUUUGAGGAGAUUCUCUUUGAGAGUGGCGCAAUCACCUUUUCCAAUUCGGUUAUGGGCAUAAAAAUCAUCAAAAACACAAGUCUGGCAGUGGCAUCGGUGAAUGUGACCGAAGUCAAAUUCGAAUUGUGCGAGAUCGAAGAUAACGAAUGCUAUUCGGAACUGGAAGCUCUGAUCGCCCAAAUCGGACCAAAGGAAUGCGUCAUACCCGAAGGAUCGACCCCCGAUUUGGUGCGCCUCUUCAAGGUGCUAGAACGCAACGGAGUCUUAAUCGCCAAAUUGAAACGUUCCGAUUUCAAUUCCGACGACAUAGUUCAAGAUCUGAAUCGUCUGUUGUAUUUUAGAGAAGACCAAGAUCGGAACGCAAACGCCCUUUCCGAAAUGAGUCUGACUAAUGCCAUGGGAAGUUUGGGAGCCGUCAUCAAAUUCUUAAAUCUUACCGGAUCUGAGGGCAACUUCAAUCAGUUCAAAAUCUACACGUUGGACGUUCACAGAUUUGUAAGAUUGGAUCAAGCGGCGCUCCAAGCAUUGAACGUUAUGCCUAAACCUGGCACUAAUUCAACGGACACGAAUCUUCUGUCCAGUUCUUCCAAAGCAUACAGUUUACUCGGCGUUCUCAAUAAUUGCGUCACGAGUCAAGGCAAAAGAUUAUUGGAACAAUGGUUAAAACAACCACUAAAGGAUCGUAAUUUGAUAAACGAGCGAUUAGAUAUUGUAGAAUGUUUAGUUAAAGAAUCGGAAUAUCGUGCGAUUUUGGCAAAGGACUCUUUACCCAGGAUUCCGGAUCUGCUUUUCUUGUCGAAGAAACUUUCAACGAAAAAAGCAAAACUUCAAGAUUGCUAUCAUGUUUAUCAGGCUGUCGCAAGUGUUUCCAGUGUUGUGUCUGUUUUGAGAAAGUUGGAAAAUAAAUGCGUUUCGUCAAGUCUGGUGGGUCCGAUCUGCGACAGUCUGAACGACUUGGACAAGUAUCAAUCGAUGAUCGAGCAAGUUUUGGAUAUGGAUUUGGUGGAGAGGGGAGAGUUUUUAGUCAAAAGUUCAUUUAAUGAUGAGCUAAGUGAGUUGUAUAAGAAGAAAGAAAGGGUGGAGGAAAAAAUGCAAAAACUAGUUCGGAACGUGGCAAACGAUUUAAACAUGGACGAAGGAAAAACUUUGAAAUUGGAUUGUAACGAACAACACGGUUACUUUUUUAGAGUAACUCUUAAGGAGGAACCGAUUUUGAGAGAAUCUAAAAACUACCAGAUAAUCGACGUUGUCAAAGGAGGAGUUCGUUUCAAGAACAACAAACUCGACGAUUUGAAUCACGACUAUCAAGAGAUCAAAGAAGCUUAUGAGCUGCAACAAAAAAGUGUCGUCGAUGAAGUAUUCGAAGUAGCAGUGGGUUACACCGAGUCUCUUCGCAACUUGAAUCGCCUCGUCGCAAAUGUUGAUGUGUUGGUGUCGUUUGCGUCCGCCGCAGUUUCGGCCAGGAUCCCGUAUGUUCGCCCCAAAAUUCUCGAUCCCGAAUCUCCUUCCGCCUGCAUUAAACUGAUGAAAGCCCGUCAUCCUUGCCUGGAACACCAGGAACACCUGGACUUUAUCCCCAACGACGUGAAUCUGGAUAAAGAAGGGAAAACGCUACAGAUCAUUACAGGUCCGAACAUGUGCGGCAAAAGCACGUACAUCAGGAGCGUGGGAGUGUGCGUGUUGAUGGCCCACAUUGGUAGUUUGGUUCCUUGCGAAAAAGCGGAGAUCGCGGUCGUGGAUGCGAUUCUGGCACGGGUCGGCGCCGACGACUCCCAGUUGAAGGGUCUCUCCACUUUUAUGUUGGAGAUGAUCGAGUCUUCGACGAUCGUCAAGUCGGCCACCAAGAAUUCGUUGGUGAUCAUCGAUGAAUUGGGACGUGGAACUUCGACGUACGACGGAUGUGGUAUCGCUUGGUCCAUUGCAGAGUAUCUGGCAGAAAUGAAAUGUUUCUCACUGUAUGCCACCCAUUUUCAUGAAAUAACCAGACUAGCAGACAUGUCUCCGUCGAUUGGAAAUCUUCAUGUAACUGCCGUCACUUCAAACGAUUCGAUAACUCCUUUGUUCGAGGUGAAAGAGGGAGAGUGCGACAAAAGUUACGGAAUUCAUUGUGCAAGGAUGGCGGAGUUUCCCGAAGACGUUAUUAAAGAAGCAAUCGACCAUCAAACAAAACUAGAACAUCAAUUGGGAAAAAGGUUCUUCACAAACGAAGAUGUACCAACUAAACGAAGAAUCAUCGAGGAAGGUGAUAAGAUAAUAGAAAAAACAUUGAAAACUUUAAAGGAAGCUAAAAUGGAAUCACUGAGUGAUGAAGAAUUGAAAGAUAUGUUGCAAAAAAUGAAGAACGAUUUAGAGUCUCAAGACAAUUGCUUUAUUAAAGGACUUUUGUCUGUUUAAAUUAAGUUGUAUAUAUUCAUUUUUUGUUUGUUUUUAAUUAUAAUUAAUUUUUUUUUAAUAAUAAUUAUUUUUGUUACAUUA